AUGACUGAUGAUGUAAUCUAUCCACUUGAUACGAGUUCGUUGAAUCGAUAUUUUAUUCAAUUGAUUUCUUGUGGUGAUGAUUAUCAAUUUCAAGAAUUGAUUAAGACAUUUUUACCAGUAUUUAUUCGAAGUGUUGAAGUACAAACAGAUGACUUUAGAAAAAAAGCAGUCGAAGUUUUUAUACAUAUAAAUAAACGAGUAAAAAGUCGACCAGAACUUCAGAUACCAGUGAAGAGUCUUUUAGAAAUAUUUACAACAUCAACACAAUGUUCACCGUUUGCUUCUAAUUUUUCAAUAAUGUAUAUUAAAAUGGGUUUUAUGCGUUUGAAAUCUGAUUGUCAAACUGAAUUGAUACCACUUCUUUUUCAAUCGUUACCAAAUCGGUCGACUUCUCAUCAAGAAUUGCUCAUUGGCCUAAUCGUUUAUGCUUUACAAUAUGUUAAAAUUAUUCCGAAUAUGAAUGAAAAUCUUGUUAAAUAUGGUCUUACUGAUAAACCAAUAAUCCGAAAUUUAUUCCUCAAUUUUCUUCUCAAUGUUAUUCUUCUACCUUACAAAUUUGAAGAAACUAAGCCACGUAAUACAACUAAAACUACUCAACCACGAUCAUACGUUGAACCUUCUCAAGCACCUGUUGAUGAAGUUCUUUUUUCAACCAUGGACGAUGCACCCAGCAAAGAAGUAGAAACUUUUAAACAACCGUUUCCGUGCAUGAAUGAACAAUUAAAUAAUCGAAUAACUGAAGCUAUACAAACUGAUGAUUUAAAUCAAGUUGAAAAACUUAAAGUCUCAAUAUUGAAAUUUCUCAAUGGAAAUAUUUAUUCGGAAAAUGACAUUAUAUUUCAUUUUGUAUUAGCAACAGCAGAUGCAAGAUACUCCGUUGUCUUAGCUGCUGAACAUGAUAUAAAACGUUUGACAGUGGCUGUUGAUUGGAAUUCAAUGCAACAUGUCCAAAGUUUAUUCGAAUUCUUUUUAGGCACACUAAAAACCAUUAAACCACAAAAUGAAGAAACAAUUCGGAAUCCAGCAAAUACUCGAAUACGAAUAAAGCUUUAUCCAUAUUUACUUAAAUCAAGAAUAGCUAGUACAAUUUUCCCACAUGCAAUUCAAAUUCUCUAUGAAAGUCUUUUUGGUAAUUCGACCAAUGCUCGCAUUAAAUAUUUUUCACUGCAAUUUAUUCAAAAUACGAUUCAAAAUGCUGAAUUGAAUAAUCUUGUUGGUGUUUCGAAAUUGAUAUUGCACGCAUUGGAAAAGAUUCUUAAUACAGAAAUAAGUAAAACACAUGAUGCAUCUCGUUUAAGAAGUUUAACAUAUGUUUUAAUUGGAAAACUUUCAUAUCGUGUACCGAAAUUAUUCUGUGAUGAUAUUAGAUUAACACAACAAUUUUUUGAAGCAUUGAAAACAGAAGAUAAUGAAUGUUGUUUAAAUAUUCAAGAAGCUCUAAAUCUCUUAGCAUAUUCUCAAAAAGAUGCUAGUGUUGCCAGUAAACAUAUGCUUCAACAAUUAUUAACACAACAAGUAAUACCUAGUCCAUCAUCAGAAUCUGUUGAUUAUCCUCAAUGUCGUCAAGCAGCAGUAUCAUAUGUCAUGAGUGUAUUUCCUUCCAAUGAUUGUACAUCACGUUUUAUUCUUCUAACUGCAUGUUCAGAUAAAAAUGAAGAUAUACGUUCAUUAGCUCGUCGAAAUUUAUUUAAUGAACAAGAUAUCGAUUAUCCAGAUUUUCAAUCAUUACUCAAAUUAAUUCUUGCAAAUGCUCAUGGUGAUUUUGCCCUGGGUAGACAAACCUUAGUUUAUCAUCCUCAGACAUAUCAAGAAAUGAUUUAUUAUUUGCAUCGUUGUUUAAUUCGACAGAGUUUUAGUGGUGAAAAAACAACACCAUUGUGGAAAUAUGAAGAACAGUUACUAUGUGUUCAUGAUACGGCUAAACAGAAUACAACUAUUUGGUAUAACUAUAUACAAUUCUUACUUGGUUUUGUUCUUGUUGUACAUGAUUGUUUAUCAACAUAUUUUUUAUUUGAAGCAAUUAUUAUUGGUUAUCAUCUAAAUGAUAGUAAAUUAAUUGAUUUUUUUAAAGAUAACAUUAGUUCAUUUCGUCAAUUAUGUCUGUUUUCAACACGUGAUGAUACACGUCGUUAUUCAUCAUUACUCUAUGCAUAUGUUUUAUCAAAAACUGAAUCAAAUUCAUUAGCUAUUGAUGAAUUAAUUAAAAUAAUACAAAAUGUAAAUCAACGUUUUGAACAACGUGAAGGAAGUAUAAUUGCCUUUGGUUAUGCUUGUUCAUAUUUAAAACAAUCGAAUAAAUAUUUAAAUAAUGGAAAAAAUCUUCUUCUAAAUAUAUUUUUCGAUAAUCAAAAUGAAUAUGCUUUAUCAUUGCUAGUAUCCAUUGGGCAACUAGCACGAAUGAAUUGUUUUAAUCAAGAUGAUGAAUCAAAUAUUAAAAAUUUUAUUGAUAAAAUUCAAAUUAAAAUCAAAACAAUUAAUGAAACAAAUCGAAUUAAAGAAAAAGCGAUACAAACGUUAGGAUUUUUAGCUGUUUGCUAUAGAAAACAAAGUGAACAAAUUAUUGAUAUAUUAACGCAAUCACUGGUUGAUACAAAACAAAUUGAACUUCAAUUAAAUAUUGGUGAUGCUCUUAUUUGUUGUAUUCUUGGUGUUGACACACCAUUGGUUAAUGAUCCUUAUGAUAUUUUUAGUCAAGAAUCUUCAUCUAAAGAUAAAAUAUCAUCCGAUCAAGAUGAUUUUCGAUCUAAUUUGAUAAAAUAUCUUAUUGAUCGUAUUCUUCAUUAUUCAUCUGAUAUAAAUAAUUCUCAUAGUAGACAAGCAGCAUUUCUAUGGUUAUUAACAUUUCUCAUUCAUUGUCGUCGACCAUAUUUAGUAUCUACGUAUCGUUCAUUGUUUGAAUCGAAAUUAUUUUCUUUACAAACAAAUCUUAUAUAUGGCUUACUUGAUCAAGACCAAUUCAAUCAAGAAUUAUCAUGUAAAUGUCUUAUUUAUCUGUAUGAAAUCAUUGAAAACGAUGAAUUAGAAUUAAAAUUUAAUAAUAAAUUAUUUGAAUAUUUUACCGAUAGUACACGUUCGUAUUCAAAUCAAUUAACAACAAUGGUUUAUGAACAUGAUGCUAAUAAUAAUAAUAAUAAGCAACAGUUGAAUAUUGAUAAUACACAAUUAAUACUUUAUAAAGAAUUAUGUUCAUUGGUUGAUUUAUUAUCAAUUGAAAAAAAUCUUAAAUCUCAAUUGUUUUAUUCAUUACUUUAUUUAGCACAUGAAAAUUCCAUAUGGUCAACAACCCGUUAUGGACAAAUAUUUCAUUUAAAUAAUUAUGAAAAACAAUCUAUUGAAUUUAUUUCAAUUUAUAUUCAACAACUAAUUUCAAGACUGUAUCGUCUUCUAUUUGAUCCACAAAUACGUGUACAAGAAUCAAUAAAUCGUAUAUGGAACAAAUUAUUUUCUUCAAUUAAACAAAUAACUAUUGUUGAAAAAUAUUUUUCAAUCAUAUUCAAUGAUUUAUAUAAUGAUAUAUUAUCAUCACGUUGGCGCAUACGUGAAAGUAUACAAUUAGCUCUAUUAGAUAUAUUCAGAAUGUUAAAUAGAAAAUUGAUUGAUAAUGAACAAUAUAUUAAAUUAUUUCAAGAAUUAUUUCGUCGUUUAUUUGCUGUUUGUGAUGAUACAAAAGAAUCUGUACGAAAAGCAGCAUUGGCAACAAUUAAUGCAUUUAAACAAAAUUGUGUUUUACUUGCUUGUGAUCCAGCAACAACUAUAUCAAAUGCUAUAAGUGAUGAAGAACAUAAAGCCCGUGGAAGAUAUGUACUUGAACAAAUUUUACCAGUUAUUUUAAAUGAUGGACUUUACAACAAAAAUGAAGAUAUAUCUAAAUUUUCAUUGAAUACAAUUAUUGAAAUAAUUCGUUAUGGCGAUCGUGAUACAUUAAAACCGUAUUGUACUGUGAUAAUAGUAGCCUUAUUUGAAGCACUAUCUUCAAUUGAACCUGAUAUAUUUAAUUAUGCUUCGAUGAAAUUAACGGCAGCUGAAAUGAAAGAGCAAGUUGAUAUAGCACGCUUACACUGUGCACGUUCAUCACCUAUAAUGGACGCAAUCAAUACAUGUACAAAUCAAUAUGUUGAUGAAAAUAUUUUCGAUGAUCUUUCAGCAAAAUUAAUUGAAACAAUAAAACAUUCCAUUGGUUUAACGACAAAAUGCCUGAUUGGACAAUAUUUUAUAACAUUAAGUAAUUUAUAUCCAAAAAUUUGUUCAAAAUAUGUCGGCAAAUGGAUGGCUAUAUUAGUGAAUACGAUGAGUAUCAAUACAAAUCGUACAUUAAGAAAAACGUAUACCAGUGUCUUAGGUACAAUUGUUCGAAUAGCAAAGCGUUCAUCAAUUGAAAAUCUUUUACAAAAGAUUUCUAUAUGGUACUAUCAAACAGAUAAUGAUUAUCAAUAUGUUUGUGCAUUGACACUUAAUUCAAUAUCACAAUCAAAUCAUGAUUUACUAUUAGAAUAUGGUCAACAAAUUUUACCAUUAGUCUUUUUGGCUAUGCAAGAAAGUAUGUCAAAUAUUAAAGACGAUAAUGAACAACAAGAAGAAUUUAUUUGGAAAAAUCUAUGGAUCGAACACACAGGAAGUUCAAUAACAGGAAUUCAAACAUAUAUUAAAGGAAUCAUUGAUAAUAUUCGUUUAGCUAUUGAACAUAGUGCGUAUUCAAUGAAAAUUAAAGGUGCACGUGCUGUACAAAUGAUUGGAGAAACAUUGAAAAUGAAUCUAAAUAGUGAAUAUUUAUUUAUAUUAGUAGAACUUCUGUUAAAAGGAGUUUAUGGAAGAGUCUAUGAAGGAAAAGAAUGUUUUCUUCGAGCUAUUGAAAUGCUUUGUACACAUUGCAAGGAUUCUCUGAAGACUUCUUCUGAUCUUGUUCAACGUGUUUAUGAACAUAUUCUCAAAGAAUGUAAAAAAGAAUCACUUAAAUAUCGAUCUAUUGCUAUACGUGUGUUAUCAUUACUUGCUGAUGAAUAUAAUUUUCAAGUAUACGAACUUUUUUGGACAUGGUUUGAAAAAACAUUUAAACUACCAGAUCCAAAUGAAGAAAAAGAUAUCACAGAUACUGAUGAAGAUCCAAUUAUAUCUGAUACAUAUAAUCGUACAUUAAUGGAAUGUUUGCCACGAUUUUGGCCUAAAACUAGUCAAAUAGAAUCAUCAUAUAAGAAACUCACAUUCGAACUUCUUGUUGAAAUAAUAUUUCGUUCCAAUUGGCAAAUUCAAUCGAUUCUUAUACAAUCAGUAAAUCAAAUAUUACAAAAAAGUUUAACAAUAACUUCGUUCGAUAUAAUUCCAUUACUUGAACCAAUUAUGAACUUAGGUCCACGAACAAAGUCGAGUGGAUUAAAACGUGAAAUUCUUAAAUUUUUAAAAUUUCUAUUUGAAAAUUCAGACUAUUCGAAAUGUUUUGAAGAAAAUGAACAUAUAAGAAAUAUUCUUCAUUUUAAUAUCGAUGAAAUGAUUCAUGAUAAUCGUUCGAAUGAAAUCAGCGAACAAGCUAAAGAAUUGAAAAAAUCAAACGAACAUUUUUUUAUAAAAACAAAACCUAACAUUGAACAACAUGUUGAAAUAACAAAUAUCGAUCAAAAUGAAAAUGAUUUAUUUUGA